GGCUAGAUCACAAAACACACACCAAACAAUCGAGCACAGCAAACAAAGGUGAGGACUGAAGCAAGAACACCAUGGCUUUUCUGAGGGCACUCUCUCCUCUCGUCUUCACCCUGCUCCUCCUACUCGCCGCCUCCACAUCCGACGCCUCCAUCUUGGAGGAAACCUGCAAGUCGCUCGCCGGUAACCACACGGCCAUCGACUACCCCUACUGCGUCAGGUUCUUCCAGGCCAGCAAGGAGAGCGCCACCGCCGACACGCACGGCCUCGCCGCCAUCGCCGUGAGGAUCACCGAGGCGGCCGCCGAGGGCACCGCCAAGCGCAUCGCCGCCCUGCGAUCCUCGCACAAGGAGGAGAAGAUGCAGGAGUGCCUCCGCAUAAGCUCCGACCUGUACGCCUACAUGCUGGCCGUUCUCGGCAACGAGGCGAAAGCCGCCGCCCUGGUGGACGGCGGCGCGCAGCAUGCGGCGGCGUCGCCGCCAACGCCCGACGUCGCGCGGUAUGUCGCGGAUGGUUGCGAGGGCAGGUUCCGUGGGAACAAGGAGACCCUGCCGCUGGUUGCGGAGUACGCCGAGUUUAGACAGAGUGCGUCCAUUGCUCUCGCAUUGAUAGAGGCGAUAUCACCACCGAGUGAUCAGUGAAUGUGUGUUUUUACUCUCAGAUUUUGUAAGCCAAACAAUGUAGAUGAAUAAACAUGGCAAUUAUCAAUCUAUUGUUUUCCUGUUA